GGGCAUUCUCGCCGGCGAACUGAUGACUGCAACAGACUCUCAUACGCCAUCCUCGGUAGUCGGCUCGAAGAAACAACAAAUACCAUACUCCUUCGGUUUGGAGCAUUUUGUGAGGGAAAGGUGGUCACAUUUUAAAAUCAAGUUACUGAGUUAUCAACGUAGUUUGUGGUUUCUCCCCCUCGAUUGAGCCUGACAAUGUCAAGCUUAAAAUCCUUCAUUAAAGCGGUACGUGCUGCAAAGACAACAGCAGCGGAGACAAGUGCAAUCCGGAAAGAGUCUGCAGCAAUUCGUAAAAGUAUACGCCAGGACACGAAUGAUCUGAAAACUCGUCGUCGAAAUGUCGCGAAACUCAUUUAUUUAUACCUUCUUGGUGAACCAACGCAUUUUGGACAGAUAGAGUGUUUGAAACUGGUUGCUAGUCCUCGGUUUAAAGACAAACGCGUGGGUUACCUUGGUGCGAUGCUGUUGCUGGAUGAAAACCAGGAGGUCCUGACUUUGUUAACGAAUUCGUUACAAAACGACCUUAAGUCAACGAGUGAACACGUCGUCGGUCUUGCGUUAGCUACCUUUGGAAGCAUUGCUAGUGAAGAGCUUGCACGCGACCUCUCCAAUGACAUUAAUGAACUUAUUCUUCGCGACAAAGUAUCAAUUCGCAAAAAAGCCAUUCUUUGCGCCAUGAAAGUUUGUCAAAAAUUACCUGAGCUGACAGAACUUUACGUUGACCGCGUAAUUCAACAGUUUUCUGUGCGCAGCCAAACUGUGCUACUCACAUCUCUUUGCUUUGCUAUUGAUGUGUGUGAACGGGAUCCAUCGCACAUCGAGGUAUUCAAGAAACAGUACUCGUACAUGCUUUUCCGCCUCAAACUCUUGUCUACGCCUGGUCAUGCUGAUGAAAACAACAUCGGCAACAUCGGCAAUCCUUUUCUCCAAGUGAAGCUUUUGCGUUUCCUCGCGAUCAUGGCCAAGGGAGAUCAGGCACUUUCCGAUGAAAUGGCGGAAAUCCUAACCCAUAUUUGCACUGCCACCGACACAUCAAGAAACGCCGGAGAUGCCGUUCUCUACGAAGCUGUGCGAACGAUCCUCGAAAUUGAAGCGAGCAGCGGUUUACGGGUGCUGGGUGUCAAUAUCCUUGGCAAGUUUCUCAGCAACAGAGAUAACAACACACGCUACGUCGCUCUCAAUCUCCUCAAACGUGUGGUCGGCGUGGAAGAGCAAGCUGUUCAACGUCAUCGUACUACUGUUAUCGAGUGUCUUUAUGAUGCUGACAUCUCCAUUCAAAAGCGCGCCUUAGAAUUUGCAUCUUAUCUUGUCAAUGAUACCAACGUUCGUUUUAUGGUUAAGGAGUUGUUAGCAUUUCUUGAGGUGGCACCUGUUGAAUUGAAGGCGAAGACGACGGCCGAAUUGAGCCAGGCUAUUAGCACAUUUGCUCCGAACAGAAGAUGGCAUUUUGACACGCUCUUGCAGGUCUUAAAAACAGCUGGAAACUUCGCUUCGGAAGAUAUAGUCUACCACUUUUUGCGUCUCAUUGCCUCCGCACAAGACUUGCACGAGUAUGCUGUAUUUAAAUUGUUCGCUGCGUUAAACAAAGACAUUUCCCAGAAUGCUCUGACUAUUGCCGCUUUUUGGGUCAUCGGAGAGUAUGGCAAUAUGCUUCUCUCACCCAAGCUCCACAUUGAUGAUCCCGACCUCCCAUCACACAUCACGGCCAAGGGCGUGAUUGAUUUGUACGAACAAGUUUUGCGGAGUACUGAUCCCAAGAACACGACAAUUAUUCAAUUUGGCUUGGUUGCUUUGGCAAAGUUGACCGCUCGUUUCCAAACGAGUACAGAACGUCAACGCAUUGUGCGCAUCAUUUCUUCUUUCUCUGCUCACUUGAAUGCUGACAUUCAACAACGGGCUAUCGAGUUUGAAGUUGCUAUACGCGAUAGCGGGCUCGACCAUGUCGUUUUCGCAAAUAUGCCUGCCCCUCCUCCGCCCACUUCAUACAUAUCCAUGAACAGCGAUGAACAACAGAAAAAGCAUAACAGAACCAAGUCUGAAGUGCAAAAGACGGCCGAUUUGCUCGACUUAAUUGGCCUGAAUGACACGACAAACAACACACCCGCCACUGUAGACAAUGUGAUGGUCGGCGAUGCCUCACCCUCAUUAUCCAUCAACACGUCUGUUCCUACUCCCUCGACUGAUGCGAGAAAGAGCCAUGUGAACGAUAUUCUCAGUCUCUUUGAUACCGCAUCCCCCUCCAUAAACAGUGUUAAUACAGGAUCCGAGUUUGCCUCUCCAGCUCUUACUCCAAAUACCACGUACUCAACUCCUUUCACUACCGCAGCAUCGGCGGCAGCAGAACAGACGUACGCAGAAUGUCCGGUUUACAAUAAGCACGAUCUGUCUGUUGUUCUUGUCCCUGCAAAAGACGCCUCUUCCAAGACUGCCAGCAUCACUGUUCUUUUCCGUAACCUCAGCAGUACAGUUCAAAUCGAUCGGGUUCAGUUUGAGGCUGCUGUUCCAAAAUCCCAGAAGCUUAGGAUCCAACCGUUGAAAUCCACAACCAUUCCUCCUUCUGGUGAAAUUUCUCAGCUUUUGCGUGUACAGGGUCCUGAAGGCGCCCGGGUCCGGUUACGUCUUCGUCUUGGCAUUACCCGUCAAGGAAUGCCGCCUAUUUUAGAGCAAUUGGACGUGAGCAAUUUGCCGUUGGACCUGCUGAGCUAAAAGUGUACUGUAACACAUUUUCAUAUCUGAUACGUAACAGCAUUAACAAACACCCAAACACGCCGACAUCCCUUCCCCCCCUUCGUUCGGUGUUGACUACUUUCAACCUUAACACUCCUUAUGAAGGCGUUCAGUGAUAUGCAAAUAGAUAUUUGUAACGAAUAAAGUAAUCUUUCUUCCUUCCGUGCACAUUUAUACGGCUUGUUCUUGAGAAGCUUG